AUGGCUGGUAGAUACUGGGGUUUGAUUGCAGUGUCAUUUUUGGUAAGAGUUGGAUUUUUCCUCUUUGGCAUUUACCAAGAUGCUAAUUUCAAAGUGAGGUACACUGAUAUCGAUUAUUUUGUGUUUCAUGAUGCUGCCAAAUAUGUAUAUGCGGGCAAAUCACCUUACGCAAGGGAUACAUAUCGUUAUACUCCACUUUUAAGUUGGCUAUUGGUUCCAAAUCAUUAUUUUGGAUGGUUUCAUUUGGGUAAGGUCAUAUUUGUUAUCUUCGAUUUGAUUACCGGGCUUAUAAUAAUGAACCUUUUGAACCAAACUAUCUCCAAAAAGAAGGCUCUGAUACUGGGGAGCAUUUGGCUAUUGAAUCCAAUGGUUAUUACAAUCAGUACGAGAGGAAAUGCGGAAAGUGUACUGUGCUGUUUAAUCAUGCUUACAUUAUAUUAUUUGCAAAAGGGUAAUUACACCGUGGCAGGCCUCUUGUACGGUCUAUCUAUCCAUCUUAAGAUAUAUCCUAUAAUCUACUGUAUCCCAAUGGCGAUAUUUAUAUAUUAUAGAACAAGUAGACAGGGUCCACAAGCACAACUAACAUCGUUAUUUAAUAUUGGUCUGAGUACACUGGUGACUUUGUUGGGAUGCGGCUGGACAAUGUACAAGAUCUAUGGAUACGAGUUUUUAGACCAAGCGUACUUGUACCACUUGUACAGAACAGACCAUAGACAUAAUUUUUCGAUAUGGAACAUGCUAUUAUAUUUAGAUUCCGCAAACCAGGGCAGUGGGGGGUCCAAUCUAUCAAAGUAUGCUUUUGUGCCUCAAUUGCUGCUUGUUCUGCUGACCGGAUGUCUGGAGUGGUGGAAUCCAACCUUUGAUAACCUGCUAAGCGUUUUAUUCGUACAGACUUUUGCCUUUGUGGCGUACAAUAAAGUCUGUACAUCGCAAUACUUCGUAUGGUAUCUGAUCUUUUUACCGUUUUACUUAUCAAGAUCACACAUUGGUUGGAAAAAGGGUCUUUUGAUGGUCACGCUUUGGGUAGUAACGCAGGGAAUUUGGCUAAGUCAAGGCUACUAUUUAGAAUUUGAGGGCAAGAACGUAUUUUACCCUGGACUCUUCGUAGCAAGCGCAUUGUUUUUCCUAACCAAUGUGUGGCUGUUGGGCCAAUUCAUUACUGAUCUCAAGAUGUUGGUGCCACCCGCAAGCGCCAGUAAAAGGCUCAAUUGA